AGCGCGCGCGCUAGCAGUUAGACUGCGGCGACCGGCCAGAAGGUUAGUCCCUGUCUACCCUUCUCUCCUCGCUACCUCACGCAAUGUCAGGCCGCGGUAAGACCGGCGGUAAGGCCCGAGCCAAGGCUAAGUCGCGCUCCUCGCGCGCCGGCCUCCAGUUCCCGGUGGGCCGCGUGCACCGGCUGCUGCGCAAAGGCCACUACGCCGAGCGGGUAGGCGCCGGGGCGCCAGUGUACCUUGCGGCCGUGCUCGAGUACCUGACGGCCGAAAUCCUAGAGUUGGCGGGCAACGCGGCCCGCGACAACAAGAAGACGCGGAUCAUCCCCCGCCACCUCCAGCUGGCCAUCCGCAACGACGAGGAACUCAACAAGCUGCUGGGCGGCGUGACGAUCGCCCAGGGUGGCGUCCUGCCCAACAUCCAGGCCGUGCUGCUGCCCAAGAAGACCAGCGCUACCGUGGGGGCCAAGGCGCCCGCCGGCGGCAAGAAAUCCACCCAGGCCUCGCAGGAGUACUGAGCGGCCCCGUGCCGCCACAAAGGCCCUUUUCAGGGCCACCACAGCCUUCGCGGAAAGAACUGAGCACUCACCCCUCUCCUCUGCGUCUCUUCCACUCCCCGCCGCCCCCUCUCCUCACUCCGCGCCGUCUCGCGGCUUGAGCCUCCAUCUCACAGGAGCCCGGCCCCGUGACUCAGCCCAGCCGCCCCACCGAUAGGCCGCGCCGCCGCAGCCGCAGCCGCCGCCGCCGGGCUUUCGGCGGGCCGCCCCAUCGCCGGUCACUUCCGCUUGGUGCUUCGGCCGGACCUUUAAGAAAGGGCUACGGGCUUCCUGAACGUGACAGGGGAGAUGGCUCCUCGGCCCUGGCACUCCCCCUGCCGUCCAAUCCCGGGCUUUCCGGGUCCAUCCUCUCUCCAGCUGCUUUGAAGAUUGCUCCCCGGAAGAGACCUGCGCAGCGUGAGCCCCGGCCCUGCCGAGAUGACCGCUGCUGGAGGAGUCGGCGAGAACGGAGUCGGGACUCGGAGCUGGGCGUGUGGACGUGAGUCGGGUGCGCCCGCCCCACAGCUCAGCUCGGCUCGGCUCGCCAGCACCUCGAUACCAGCACAAGUCGGUGAAGCCCUGUCAGGACUGAGCCGCCUUUGGCUUCCGAACUGGAAUUUUGCCUCUCAUUGGUUCACCCAAGACUAAUACUGGGGAAUUUGAUGGACUCAUUUUGUUUAUUAAAGGAUCGUUGUUUUUCAAA